GGAAAAAGGUAAGGGGGCAAGUAAUUCGUUUCCAGUUUUUCCUAAGAUGCGUUGCAGUUAUGGAUUGGCGGCGUUACCGGGUACCGACCCCCGUUUCUUUUCGCCGGAAACUUCCUUCCUCAGACUACCGAGAACGGUCCAUCCGACCCGGAUAAAAUUUGGGCCGUUCAAAAUCAGGGCGAAGAUCGAUGAAGCGAGGAAAGGCGUGAGUUUUUACGAGCUGCUGGGCAUUCCCGAGAAGGGUACUUUGCUGGAGAUAAAGCAGGCGUAUAAGCAGCUGGCUAGGAAGUACCACCCGGAUGUGUCGCCGCCGGAUCGGAUCGAGGAGUAUACGGAGCGAUUUAUUCGGGUCCAGGAAGCUUAUGAGACUUUGUCGGAUCCGAGGAGGAGAGCUUUGUAUGAUAAGGAUUUGGCUUUCGGGCUUCACCUUGCUUUCUCUGCUAGACGGCGUUAUCAAUACGAUGAGGAUCUAGAGGAUCGGAGCGAGUGGAGAAAUCAAUGGCAAUCUCAGCUAUCAGAGCUGAAGAAAAGAAGCAUGAACAAUGAUGCCGGAGGAACAAUGUCAUGGGGAGCUCGAAUGCGGAGGCAAAGGGAAGAAAUGUCUAAAGAACUAUAAA